AUUUAAAAAACAAAUAAGGAAAUAAAUCACAGACCUCUCUCUCUCUCUCUCUCGCUCUCGCUGGGUCACAGACAAGAGUUGUUCUUGUUGUUGCAGUAAUCGUAGGCCGUCAUGACGCUUCAAGCUCAAGCCUCCUCCUCCUUCACCAUUGGCAUUCCGUCAUUCACGUCCCCUCUCGGGCGCUCCCGUCACCGUUUUGUCGUUCGAGCCCAAGUGGAACCUUCGGAGAAGGCGGUGGAGAUAAUGAGGAAGUUCUCCGAGCAGUAUGCGCGGAAGUCGGGGACGUACUUCUGUGUCGACAAGGGAGUGACUUCUGUUGUUAUCAAGGGCUUGGCUGACCACAAAGAUUCAUUGGGGGCACCACUUUGCCCUUGUCGGCAUUAUGAUGACAAAGCUGCCGAGGCUGGGCAGGGUUUCUGGAACUGUCCAUGCGUUCCUAUGAGAGAAAGGAAGGAGUGCCACUGCAUGCUCUUUCUCACUCCCGACAAUGAUUUUGCUGGCAAGGAACAGGUCAUCUCCUUGGAUGAGAUCAGAGAAGCAACAGCAAAUAUGUAACAGGAUGUGGAGUAUCAUAAUUACUUGCUUAAACAGCAGCAAUCACUUGUAUUUGGCAGAAAAUGAAAAAAAUAAUCAUCAUUGUAUGUAUAUUUAUAUGCUAAUCAGGUGACAUGUCUGGCUUUCCUUUUUUAUUA